AUGCCUGUUCGUACCUAUUUUGAUAUUGAAAUUGAUGGUCAACGUGAAGGUCGAAUAGUUUUUGAACUGUUUGAUGAUAUAGUACCAAAAACUGCGGAAAAUUUCCGUGCGCUUUGCACAGGCGAAAAAGGUACUGGCGCUUCUGGAGUUCCAUUACACUAUAAAGGAUGUAUAUUUCAUCGUGUGAUCAAGGAAUUUAUGGUUCAAGGUGGUGAUUUUACAUUAGGUGAUGGUAGAGGUGGUGAAAGUAUUUAUGGAGAAAAAUUUGAAGAUGAAAAUUUUAAAUUAAAACAUGAUCAACCAUUCCUUUUAUCAAUGGCAAAUGCUGGCGUUAACACUAAUGGCUCUCAGUUUUUUAUCACCACAGUGAAUACUCCACAUUUAGAUGAUAAGCAUGUAGUUUUUGGCAAGGUUUUAAAAGGAAAGUCAGUUGUUAGAGCUAUUGAAAAUAUUCCAGUAUCAGAUGAUAAACCAACAAAAAUUGUUAAAAUUGUUGAUUGUGGCGAACUAAAAGAAGGCGAGGAUGAUGGCAUACAAGAACCUGUUGAUGGUGAUAUUUAUGAAGAUUGGCCAGUUGAUUAUUCUGAAUCCAAAGAACCAAAGGAUCUACUUGAAAUUGCUAAAAAUAUAAAAGAAAUUGGAAAUUCUUAUUAUAAAAAGUCAGAAUAUGAAAGUGCAAUUAAAAAAUACACAAAGGCAAUUCGCUAUCUUAAUGAGAAAAUAUUAGAUGAUACAGACGACCCACCUGAACUAAAAAAAGAGUUUCAUUCACUAAAAAUUUCAUGUUACUUAAAUAAAGCAGCAUGUUCAUUGAAUUUACAACAUUAUCAAAAUGUAAUAAAUGAUGUUAAUAUAGUGUUAGAAAUGCCAUCCGAAUACUUAUCAACAACUGAUAAAGUUAAGGCGUUAUAUAGACGUGGCACAGCAUAUAACGGCUUGAAAGAUGAGGAAGCAGCUUUAGAGGAUUUAAAAGAAGCUAAUAAAUUAAAUCCAAAAGAUUCAGCAAUUCUAAAAGAAUUACAAAUAGCUAAACAAAAAAUCGUUGCUAGAACAAAUGCUCAAAAGAAAGCUUAUAUUUCCAUUGGAAUAUCAACGGUGUAUUUUUCAAAAUUAAAGUCAAAUGAUUUAACUAAAAUUAUGUUAAAGCUCGGCUUAUGUGAAUAUCCUCCACUUGGUAAAAUACUUCAGCUGGCGUCACCUAUCACAGAGCUUUCAAUUCGCCAAAAGGCUCUAAAUUACUUUCUUGAAAAUCUUAAAACAAAAUAUUCUAAACACUAUGAUGCAAAAAAAAUAAAUAUUGCGUUUCUCCCAUGUACUGAUCUAAACGUUUACGCAAAACCAUCGGAAUGUUACACAAACACGGAGUGUAGGUUUAUGAAAUUUAAUGUAUUACAUAGAGACUUGGUAAGUAGAGCUGAAGAUCUUGGUGUAAAGAAAGAUCCAGAUCGGCUGCAGAUACUAGAAAAACUAAAGAACGAACCACCAGAUGAAGAAAAAGCAAAAUCAAUUUUUGGUUAUUUAUCUUCAUUUCACUUUAUAUAUUCAGAUUGGGGCAAUUUAAACCGAACAUAUUUUAUUCCAAUUCGUGAUAAAAAGUCCGCUCAAUUGAAAUAUGUUAAACCGUCAAACUGUUUUUUUAAAUGUUCUGAUGAAGAUUUUGCUGACUAUUUUGAUUAUAUUAAUUUUGGUGAAAAAGCAAAUAAAUUUUUGCGGGAUUGUGGUGUCAAAGAUGAACCAUCUCCAAUUGAUUUGGCUGAACUUUUAAUUGAAUCUUCACAUGAAGUUUUGAAAAGCCAGGGUAUUGACAAGUAUACUGCUAUACUACACAAAAUCGAUCACAAAUUUUCUUCGGUUCAAAAGAAUAACAAUGUAUUAAAUAAUUUGAAAAAACUUGGAAAAUGUAUACUAGCAUCUUCUAAAGAUAUUUAUAUAAGUGAUAAUGAUAUAUAUGAUAAAAUUUUUGAACCUUUAAGCUGCCCCCCAGAUCAAUCAUUAGUACGUUUGUACAAGUCAACUGCUUCGACUGAAACAGCAUCAUCACAAAAUUCUCCAAUAUCAACAACUCCACCUACACCUAGUGAAUUUGAUAAUAACCAUCACGCAGCUGAUAUUCGUACGGCUGUUAAUAUACUUACUUCUGUUCAUUCAUCAAAACUUCACAAGGGAAAUAAUAGUAAUAAUAACAAUGACUCAACUUCUACCAGUUCUUCUGGAAACUCUCUUAUUAAUAAUCAUCAUAAAGUAACUAAAAGAACAUCUUCUAAACCGCCUCGUCAAUUGCAAUGCUUUAACUGUGGUAUUAAGAAUACUCCUCUUUGGCGGAGGACUCCAGAUAGAAUGCAUUCGCUUUGUAAUGCUUGUGGUUUAUAUUAUAAACAAUAUCAUGUUCACAGGCCGCUUCACAUCAUACACAAGACAAGAACUUCAUCAUCUAAAUCAUAUCCAUACAUUUUACCAGCAAUGAAAGGUGAGGAUGAUGACACUGAUGCCAUGAUGGAUGAUAUGUCAGAUAUGUCAUCUGAACAUCUUGGCCAUGAAUCAAAUUAUGAUGAUUAUGGUUUGGACAGAAAUUGUGUUGAAUCUCCGAUAUACAAGCAAAGGUGUAAUAUUUUGAAAUCUGCAUUAGUUAAAGUGGAACAACGUCAAGAUGGGGAUAAGAUGGAAGUGGAUAAAGAGGAGGAAAAAGAAAUUGAUUAUCCCAAUUUUUGA